AUGAAGGCAAUGGUUUCUUCUUCCCUCACCCUUGCCUUGUUUCUUGUUGCCUUGCUAGCCCCAGCAACAAUACACCAGUGCCCUGCUGCAGCUGCUGCUCAGCAUGAUCUGGUCACCGCAACCUGCAAGAAAACACCCUCUUACCAACUCUGUCUCUCGACUCUUCGGUCUGAUCCUCGGAGCCGGAAUGCCGAUGUCGCAGGAUUGGGAAUCAUUCUGGUUGAUGCUGUGAAGGCCAAGGCAACAGCUACUUUGGGAGAGAUCAAGAGGCUAAAGAGGAGCAAGCCACAGCUGAAAAGACCCUUGAGCAAGUGUGCUGAGCUUUACAGUGCGGUUGUGGAGGCAGAUGUGCCACCAGCCAUUGAGGCCUUGACCAAAGGGGAUCCCAAGUUUGCUGAGGAGGGUAUGGUUGACGCCAGCAGUGAGGCUGAGCUCUGUGAAAAGGGUUUCAAUCAGUUCAACUCACCACUCACUAAAGUCAACAAGCUGGUACAUGACCUCUCUAUGGUGGCUACUGCAGUAAUAAGAAUGCUAUUGUAAAAACACUCCUCUCUCUCUCUCUCUCUCCCCCCCCCCUCUCUCUCUCUCUCUCUAUAUAUAUAUAUAGAGGCAUAUAUGGGUUUAUGCAGAAAAUUAGAAAUAUACACUGUAAUGGACGUAAUCUAUGAAAUUCCAUAACAACAAAUGUACCUUUGUC